AUGAAUUGGACAAGUAGCUGGCGUUGCCUCACUAAGGUUUACAAAGCAGCAGAUUCCAAAUGUGGCUCAUCCUUGUGGUCUCGGCAAUUUGGAGACAAGGCUAAGGUUCCUGCUAUUGAGCCUGAGCUGAAUAGGGACUUCCUUGUAAAGCUAUGGAUGGCGGAUGAGGAAAUGAAGCGGUUUCGUAGAAAAUCGAGGCGGAGGGCUGUUGAGCCGGAGGAGGGUAGAAUGGUUGUGAAGCAGCCACCUGUGAGCCAAUCCAUCUCUGGAUAUCUGAAGCCGGAGUCUCCUGAAGAGGUCCAGGUGAUGCCUCUUCUUGCUAGAUCAAAUAUGCUUGUUACUAGGGAUAUAGAGUGGGCAAAUCUUAUGCUUGGCUUUGAGCAGGAAAACCGGUAUGCCAUAGUAGAUGUAUACUAUCCACAAUCGCCUGUAGGUUUCAUUCGUGAAGAGAGUAAUAUUAUCACUAGACAGCUACUUCGCCAGCGGCGUCCUUUUGUUGCUCGAGUAACUGAUGGCAUGGGUAAUGAGCUCUUUAGGGUUCGCAGGCCCUUUUGGUGGAUAAACAGCUCAAUUUAAGCAGAGAUCAAUUGUAAGGAAGUUGGUGUGGUUCACAGACGAUGGCAUUUGUGGAGAAGGAUAUAUGAUUUGUACCUAGGGAAUAAACAAUUUGCUGUUGUUGAAAACCCUGGAUUUUGGCACUGGACAUUUACUUUGAAGGACAUUGAUGGGGGUGUUUUGGCUGAGAUAGAUCGUGAUUGGAGGGGGUUUGGCUUUGAGCUCUUUACUGAUGCUGGGCAAUAUGUUAUUCGGUUUGGGAACUCUGAUCCCGCCUCUAAGAUUGGCCUUGCUAGCCAGAUUCAAGAGUUGGAAGUAGUUCGCCCACUGACUCUGUCAGAGAGAGCUGUGACUCUUGCUCUUGCUAUAUCGUUGGAUAAUGACUAUUUCCCAAAACAUGGUGGAUGGGGAAUGCCUUAUUUUGAUCUCGGUGAAUAGGUCUUGCUAGCCGUGUGGUGCACAGAUGACAA